AUGGGCGACGGAAACAAAGCAGGCGAUCCCAGAUCGUCCAAUGGCGGCAGCAGUGACGAUGUUGGCGGUGGCAGCGGAAGCACAAACCCUCCUGAUCUUGGCAACGCUGAUCGGCUUGGGAGCAUGGAGAGCAUCGGGGACGGCGGCAGGGGAGGAGGAAAGUCGCAUGGCCUUGCCAAUGGCUACGCCAAUUUGCACGGCAGCAGUGAAAGUGUAGACCGUCAUGGCUCUUCCAAUGGCUACGCCAAUUUGCACGGGAUUGGUGAUGGCGGCGGCAGCAGCAGUGGAUACCCCCAUGGCCUCGCCAAUGGUUACGGAAGCGGCGGCGGAUACUCGCACGGUUUCGUCAAUGGAUACCCCAAUUUACACCAGAUCGGCGGCAGCGGAAGCACGGUGCCGUUUAAUCCUCAUUACGGCAAUCAUGACAUCACGCAGUUGAACGGCGGUGGAAGCAGAUCCUUACACCAGCGUGCUCCUGGCAAUCUCUCCAGUAACCUAUACAACAACAAUAUCUACGGCGGCGCAAGAGUUUGGCCGCAGCAAGCACCCAUGACCAACUCGUAUGCUGCUGUUCCGCGCUUCCUCCCCAACGGCAACGGCAGCGGCAACGGAGUUAUAUCUCGCCCGCCGCAGAGGCCGGGUUCCCAUGAGCUCGACGUCGCCGCGCUCAUCAGUGACCGGCUGGGCUCCCUCACCAUCGGCAACGGCUAUGUCGGCCGCCGGAACAGUGCUGCCGAGCGGUAUCGACAGGAUCGGCGGAUCGUCGGGAACAAUAUGCCUGCAAACGACUACGCCGGCAACCCGUAUUGGCGUAUGACUCUGGAGGGCGUAAGGGGCAGCGUGAGCCGCGUGGCCAGGGAUCUCCAGGGGCGCCAGUUCCUAUGCCGGCUGGUGAAGGAGCACCGGGAGGAGGCCGUGCACCACCUGUUCGACGAGGUCGCCGGCGACAUUGUGAGGCUGAUGGGGCACGGCGUCGGCGCCGGGUUCGUGGACGACAUGUCGAUGCUGUGGACGGACGAGCAGGUCACGCGCGUGAUCCAGACCCUCGGCGCGUCGCCCCCCUCAGACGUCAUGGCGGCCGCUAGGAACCAGUCCGGGUCGAACGUCCUCCAGAAUUUGAUUUCCAGAAUAUAUGGGCGACUCGAAGAAAUCGAGUGGUUCGUCCAUAGCCUCGCCAGCGUGGGGAAACUCAACUUGCUGGCGCUCAUCAAGGACCAGGCCGGCAGCCGCGUGAUCCAGAAAUGCCUCGAGACCUUCUCGCCGGAGCACAACCUGUUCGUGGUCUGGGUUGUCAUGAACAGCCCGCAGGAGGUGGCCUACAGCAAGCAUGGCUGCCACACGAUGAAGAGCUGCAUCGACAAUUCCAUCGACGCCGGGACGAGGGACUACCUCGUCCUCGCGGUGUGCGCGGACGGGCUGGGUCUUGCCCAGAAUCAGUUUGGGAACUACGUGGUGCAGCACGUGAUCAGGGCCGUGCCGGGGGUACCUUGGGCGAUGGAACUGCUGCACGCUGUUUUCCGGGGGAAUUACCUGAGCCUGUCACGGCAGAAGGCCAGCAGCAACGUGGUGCAGGCCUGCCUCGUCUUCUUCCCCCAGGCCCUGAGCUAUGAGAUCGUGUGGGAGCUGCUCAGCUACGACAACUUCCAGGAGCUCAUCCAAGAUCCCUUUGCCAACUACGUCUUGCAGACCGUCGCCGCUACCACGCAGGGUCCUUUGCUGCGGUUACUUCAAAACGCUGUCCGUCCAUAUAGGGAAGAGCUACGCGACAGCAUGCACGCCAGGAAGCUAUUGGAGAUGCUUUUCCCUUCCAGGAGGCAGCGUUUUCACUGA